AUCUUUUUUAAUUAUAAAAUAUAAUAAAAAUAACAUAUUUAUUAUAUGUGGAAUCCUCCAAGAUCACCAGUAGCAAUUCUUCUUUAUAAAGCAGUAUUUAUUUUUCUUCAAACAGCGUUUUCUAUAUGGAUUCGUUUAUGUACAUUACGUUAUACAUUGGGAGAAUAUGUAUCAGCAAUAACAAAGUAUCAUCAUCGUACACCACAGAUUAUUAAGAAAGAUGUUGGAGGAUUAAAGAAGAUUCCUAAUCAUUUAGCUAUAAUUUUAGAAUAUAAAAAAGAAGGAGGAGUGGAGUUGCUUAUUCAUCAAAUUGCAGAGUUAUCAUGUUGGUGUUUAUCUUCUGGGAUCAGGAUUUUAACAAUAUAUGAAAAAGAAGGACGUAUAAAAGAAUAUCAAUCAACUACAUAUCAUAUAAUAUCUCAAAAAAUGCAAAGUUAUUUUGGAAGAUCAAGACAUAAUAUAAAAAUUCGUUCACCUUAUAUUUCUUUUUUUUCUAAUGAUAAUUUUAAUGAUAAUGAAACAAAUUAUCUUGUAGAUCUUGAAAUAAAUUUUAUUUCUCAAGAAGAUGGGAGGGAAUCAUUGGUUGAUUUAACAAAAACAUUAUGUGAACUUUCUCAAUCUGGUAAAUUUUCAACAAAAGAUAUUAGUAUUGAAUUAGUAGAUUCCGGAAUGAAUGCUUUUCUUUUAACUGAACCACAAUUAUUAAUGGUAUUUACAUCAACUUGUACACUUCAAGGAUUCCCACCAUGGCAAAUCAGAUUUACUGAAAUUUUUUUCGCUCAAAAUGAUGAUUCUGUAAACUAUCAUGUAUUUAUAAAAGGGUUACAGCUUUAUGCAAAUGCUGAGAUGCGCUGGGGAAAAUAACAUUUUGUUUCUUAAUAUCCAAAUCAAAAAAACAAAAACAUAUA